GAGAGCCUGGGCCAGGGUGGCCCGUAAAACGGCGCGCGGCCGCCGUGGUCCGCAGACGAGGCGAGAUGGCCGUGCUGAGUGCCUGCCUGCUGCUGACGGUGGCCGCGCUGGCGGCGCCGGGCGUCGCCCGGCCGCUGAAGUCGGCAGCCCUCUGCCCCGGAGCCGACGGCUGUUUGGAGCGACGGCGGCGCUUCCUGCCCGACCUCAGCCUCCGCCUGGAGGACGCAGGCGCCCUGCAGGUCGACAGUGUGGAGGACGAAGACGAAGACGAAGACGAGGGGGCGGAGCUGCGGCGGCGACGAUCGCCGAUGCGCCGGCGCGGCAGCAAGGAAAGACGCAGAAAGCAUUCGCGCGAGCGAGGGCGAGGAAGCUGCGAGGAUGAAGAAGACGGAGACACGCCGAGAGUCCCGAGAGUCCCGGGAGUCCCGGGAGCGGAGGCGCGGAGGACGCUCCAAGCAGCGAAGAUGUCGCCCGAAGAAGAACAGCAGGGAGAGGGAGUCUUCUUCUACGAGCACAACUACAACAACGACGACCACUACGCCUACAUCUACCACGACCACCACGCCAAGCACAACUACUACUCCAUCCACGACCACCACGGCAAGCACAACUACUGCUCCAACCACGACCACCACGCCAAGCACAACUACCGCUCCAACCACGACCACCAUGCCAAGCACAACUACUGA